AUGGUCCGCCGCGCCCUCAGCCUCCGCCGCGGCGCCAACCCGCUAACCCUGCCCCUCGACCAACCCCCAAACCACAGCCGCAACCACAACCCGACCAGCCGACCCGAGCUGGCGCCGGAGCCGGCACCCUCAUCCUCAUCCUCUCCCUCGUCGUGCCCAUCCCCAACCACAACCGCAUCCACCACAACCGCUUCCACGACCGCCGCCGCCGCGGCCAGGGCCACGACGACGACAUACACCACCAUCACACUCCAUGUCCCGCGGCCCGGCCCCGCCCGGCGCGAGCACCCGCCGCUGCCCUACUCGCGACAUCACCUGCUCCGGCGGGCGGGGGGCGGCGGGGGUAAACAAGGGUAG